UCGAAAUAAUCCAAGGUAAGGUCACCCUGGCCAAUGAUGUAACUCGUGUCACAGCAGACCGUCAUCGGCCACGGAAACGUCAACAACAGGAACAUGCCGACCGUCUCGGUGAAUCGCGACUUGCUCUUCAAAGCGAUUGGUCGCACUUACUCUGAUGAAGAAUUCGAUGAGUUGUGCUUCAAGUAUGGCUUGGAAGUUGAUGAUGUGGUUGAUGAUCCCGAAAAGGGUAUUACAUACAAGAUAGAGGUUGGUGCUAAUCGGUAUGAUCUAUUGUGCAUUGAGGGAAUUGCACGUUCGCUCUGCGUGUUCCUUGGCACACAGCCACAACCCGAGUACCGUCUUGUACCUGCCAAAGAACCUGAGAAGUACAAACUUAUUGUUAAGCCCAACACAGCCAAGGUUCGUCCCUUUGUUGUGGGGGCAGUUCUCCGUAACCUGACUUUCACCCAGUCUGUAUAUGACUCUUUCAUCGACCUACAAGACAAAUUGCAUCAGAACCUCGCACGGAAACGAACAUUAGUAGCUAUAGGUACUCAUGAUUUGGAUACUAUCACUGGCCCUUUUAUAUAUGAUGCCAAGCCACCGCAGGAUAUCAGUUUUGUUCCCUUAAACCAAACGCAAGUAUUCCGUGCCGACAAACUACUGGAGCACUAUUCUCAUGACUCGCAUCUUAAAGAAUAUGUUCCUAUCAUCAAGGAUAAACCAGUAUAUCCUGUUAUUAGUGACCAGAAUGGUGUUGUGCUUUCCUUGCCUCCUAUCAUCAAUGGUGACCACUCGAAGAUAAGUCUUCGAACUAAAAACGUUUUUAUAGAGUGCACUGCUGUUGACAAGUUCAAGGCACAGAUAGUUUUGGAUACGAUGGUCACCAUGUUCUCUGAGUACUGUGAGCAGCCUUACACGGUGGAACCAGUGCAGGUUGAAUACCCAAAUGGAGAGAAAAUUCAGUACCCAACUUUAUCAUACAGAAAUCAAGAAGCUUCCGUUUCUUAUUGCAACAUUCUUGCGGGUGUAUCAGAGAAAGCCGACACCAUAUCCAAAAUGUUAACAUCGAUGAGUUUGACUGCGAAACCAAUGGGAGAAGAAAAAGUUGUAGUCAGAGUGCCUCCCACAAGGUAUGACGUUUUGCAUGAAGUGGAUAUAGCAGAAGAUUUUGCCGUUGCUUACGGAUUUGAUAGACUUGCUGCAGACAUGCAGUUGCCACCUACGAAUACAGCUGGACAGGAAUUUGAGCUCAACUACCUAAGCGACAAAAUUAGAUUACUGAUGUCGCAGAAUAAUUACACUGAAGCAGCCACUUUCUCACUGCUUUCUAAAGCAGAUAUAGGAGAGAAAAUGAGGAUCAAUAUAGAUGAUCAUCCUUGGGUCAGAGUUGGAAACCCAAAAACAACAGAAUGUGAAGCAGUUAGAAUCAGCCUCCUGCCUGGACUAUUGAAGACUGCAGCAGCCAAUAAACACAUAUCUCUACCUCUCAGACUCUUUGAGGUGUCUGAUGUUGUGAUGAGAGACUCCUGUUCUGAAACUACCAGAGGUGUUGGUGCAAGGAAUGAACGUCACUUGUGUGCCAUUAAUUACAAUGUAAAGGCUGGAAUGGAGAUUGUACAAGGGUUACUCGACAAUAUUAUGAUUGCUCUUAAAGUUCCCUUCACAGAAGACAGAAGUUCUAAAGGCUAUUAUUUAGAAGGAAAGGACUAUCCAAGUUUCUUCCCUGGAUUCUGCGGUAACAUUAUUGUGAAUGGUGUGGUAGUUGGCCAGAUUGGACUUAUUCACCCAGAAGUUAUUAUGAACUUCAACCUAAACAAUCCAGCAGCAGCCUUGGAAAUAAACCUGCAAAAAGUGAUAGAUAUAACUAACUUUGGACAGUGAUGGUGUGCCACUAUAUAGUUUAUAUAAUAUUCAUGGCCUUAGGAUUUUUUUGGAGUUAGACUAGUAAUUGGUUUGAUAAUAAUUGUAGCGAACUUCAGACAGUGCCCUACUUUCUUACUUUCAUGACUGUUUUCAGAUUAUAUCUUUUUUAUAAAAGUUGAAAAAGGUUGUUCUUCCAGAAAUUAUUUAAAUGUGUCUAUUGUACUCAAGCUUUCUGUCAAUUUGAAGUGUUAAGCAGAUAAAUUGCUGAACCCUAAUUGGAGGCCUCUCACAAUAACUGCUGGAAUAUAUUGUGUAGAUAUCCAACGAUAGCAUGUUAUAAAUACAUAUCUGUCAUACAAAAUCAGCUGCUUGUUUUAUACAUUAUCUUAUGAUAUUACACAAUUAUUACCUCAACCCUGCUACAAUACAGUUAAACAUUUUGUGUAUUCACCUUGCUAUUAUACGUAUAAACAUUUUGUGCAUUCAUCUAUACUAGUAAAAUAAAGUUUUUGCCUUGAAAGCAUGGAACAUCUAGUUCUACCUUAUAUUUAAAACUGGUAACUAAAAUAUUUUAUAAAUUUGGUUGAAGUGCGAGAAUAUUGUAUGUUGGAAACAGUGGUUCUUACAUUUUUUGUUUUCUGUUAUGUAGGUCACAAAUUUUAUUUUAAAAUGGUGUCCAGCUAAAUUAAAUCCUAAGUGUGUUUAAUCAUCAAAGAUAUGCUCUCCCAUAUCUUCAUUUCAUUCACUUCAUAUUGUACUUACAUAUUUGAGAAUCAGGAAGAAUACCAUUUAGUGUUGUUAACUUUUUUGACAAGCCAAAUAAAUCUUUCAAUAUAA